UGUACGCUUAUAGGUUAUGUUUUGAUUUGUAUUCGUUUGUGGGUCGUUUGUAAUUAAAAAAUGGUUGUAGAGGGUAAAAGAAGGGCUGAAGACUCAGCUUUAGUGCCAGCUACUAAAAAAUCAAAAAAUGAAGUCGCCGUUACAAAUAAAAACAAGUCCGUAUUACAAGCAGCACCCGCAAGGACUUCUAACUUGUUUGCACCUAUUAUGUUAUUAGAAGGACAUGAGGGAGAGAUAUUUACUGUAAAGUUUCAUCCAGAAGGACAAUAUUUAGCAUCAUCAGGCUUCGACCGUAAAAUCUUUCUUUGGAAUGUCUAUGGAGAGUGUGAAAACAUAUCUGUUAUGACUGGCCACACUGGUGCUGUAAUGGAAAUGCAUUUUACACCAGAUGGUUCAAACUUGUUUACGGCCAGUACAGAUCACACCCUAGGGCUAUGGGAUGUGGUAACAAGUACAAGAAUAAAAAAAUACAAGGGGCACACCACUUUUGUAAACACAGUUCAUGGAGCAAGAAGAGGACCACAAUUAAUGGUGUCUGGCAGUGAUGACAAUACAGUUAGAUUGUGGGACACUAGAAAGAAACAAAGCACUUCAGUAAUGAGUUCAAACUAUCAAGUGACUGCAGUUUCUUUUAACGACACGGCCGAACAAGUUUUCAGCGGAGGUAUUGAUAAUGAUAUAAAGGUUUGGGAUGUGCGUAAAAACGAAAUUCUCUACACAUUAAAAGGCCAUACUGACACCAUCACCGGUUUAGCUUUGAGCGCCGACGGCUCAUAUUUGCUUAGUAACUCGAUGGACAAUGCUCUAAGAAUAUGGGAUGUGAGACCGUACGCACCGGCUGAACGUUGCGUAAAAGUUUUCACCGGACACCAACACAAUUUCGAAAAGAAUUUGCUUAGAUGCGGUUGGUCGCCGGACGGUUCUAAAGUCACGGCGGGCUCGGCGGACAGAUUUGUUUAUAUUUGGGACACCACUUCUAGGAGGAUACUUUAUAAACUGCCUGGGCAUAAUGGUUGUGUGAACGAUUGCGCAUUCCAUCCGCAAGAACCGAUUAUUGUGUCGGGAGCAAGCGAUAAACAAUUAUAUUUGGGUGAAAUUGAUUAGAUUAUAUUGUGUUCUAAAGUCCUCAACUUGUGUCACUAAAUGAUGAAUUUUUAUUUGAUUUACCAUGUACAAAUGUAAUAAAAUUUUUUAAAAAAAAUA